AUGGAGCUGAAGUCCCUAAUAGCAAGUGGUUUUCUGCAGAGACGGCGCGCAAUUUGAUCCUCACAGAUCCCCACUUACAAGAACAACCCCCGCUCAGCGCCACUUAUUAGCAAUCUGCUACCAAACUUUGACCGUCCAGUCAUACCCAAACAUGGCAUCCAACGGCUCAGAGAGCUAUGUCCAGAAGCUUCAGCAUUAUUGCGCCACAAACCAGAUUGCACAACCUCAGUUCCAGGACUACUCUGACCCUCGAGGUGUAAGGACAGCUUGGUCCAGCAGUGUCCUCGUCAACGGUCGCGAGUAUCGAGCCCACCUGUGGCGAGACUAUCGAUACCUUGAGCAGUCGCGUGAGGAGGCCGCUGAAGCUGCUUGGAAGGCGAUCAAUGCUUCUCAAGGUACUUCAACAUCUCAAGCACCAUACGCAUACUCUCGUGGCUACACUACGGCUCGAUAGCCUGCCCAUAAACCAUGCAGUGGACCUGCUCAGCGCGGAAUGCACUAGAGCGCCCCCUGAUCUCUACGAACCGCACUCUCUCCUAGUCCUGCUGCGGUUUCAACGAAGACUAUGCACACCCUACGUCAGACACACGAAGUCCCACGCUCAUCAGGUUGCGUAGACCGACCGAACCAUAUACAACUCCACAUAUACAUACCCAGAAGAAGGAUCCCAGGUUCCCUCAGACGGAUGAUACACGACGCUAGGCUCAUGACCGACCAGACUGUGUUUGGUUUUCGUCGAAGUUUUCUAUCCGUACCAUUCGCGCUAUCGCCAUCAAGCAACGCAAUUUGAGUGGAGGUUUGGAGCAUCUCCUUUGUGUGCGACAUGGGUUAUGGGCGUACCCUCAUCAUCUCAGAAGUCAAAGUGACCCGAAAGUGUAUGUUAGAUAUCAUUAGUCUUCUACAAUUCAACUAUGAGGGUCCGACAUCAACAAACAUCUUCGGC